AUGAAACAAAAGAGCGAAAAGAAACUCAUUGCUGAUUUCGACGCUGUUUCAUUAUAUCCAUCCGCUAUAGCAAGACUUUAUACUUUAGAAGGUAUUCCAAAGGUUAUGAAGAAAGAAAUGUUAAGCACGGAGUAUCUCAUGAGACAUUUAUUCGAUGACGACCAAAAGGAACCCAUUGGUGAAAAGUUUAUGUCUGGCUUCUUUGUUCUCAUUAAGAUAACAGAGAUUGGCAUACAUAGACACUUUCCUUUAAUAGUUUGUGACCCUGAACUAAAUCCAGAACUUAACGUUCCCAGAAGUUCAAACACUUGCUGUUUAAUGUAUGUUGACCAUAUAACAUUACAAGACCUCAUAAAAUAUCAAGGUGUCAAAUGUGAAGUGUUGCAAGGAUACUAUUACGAUGGAAACAGAGAUAUUAGAAUAAGAGAUGAAGUAAAGAAGUUGUUUGAGUUAAGGUUAAAGUAUAAGAAAGAAGGAAAUCCUUUGCAAGAAAAUAUUAAAUUAAUUUUGAACAGUAUUUAUGGCAAAACUAUUCUAUCUCCUAUUGAGUCAAAAAUAACCAUAGUAAAUGACAAAGAUGCUAUAAGAUAUGCUAUAAGAAAUUAUAACCAUAUAGUGAAGUUCGAAGGUUUGGAUGGUUCAGAUAAAACUAUUUUCAAGCUAACGAAAAGCAUUUGCAGACACUUUAACUUUUGCCCCUUAGGUGUUAAUAUCUUAUCUAUGUCGAAGAGAAUAAUGUGUGAAGUAUUCUGUACUGCUGAAGAUAUGGGACUUCAAAUCUUUUACCAGGACUGUGAUAGCAUGCAUAUUUUCAAUGAAGACAUACCUAAGCUUGCAGCAGAGUUUAAGAAGAGAUACGGUCGCGAACUUAUAGGAAAGAACCUUGGUCAAUUUCAUUCUGACUUCGCAGAAAUAACACUUGGAAAACAAAGUUUAGCAUACAAGUCAAUAUUUUGUGGAAAGAAGACUUACAUAGACUUACUCACGAAUGAUUUAAAUGAAGUUGCAUUCCAUGCACGUUGCAAAGGUGUCAAACAAGACGUCCUUGCUUUAACAGCAAAUGAAAUGUUUCCUGAAGCUAUACAAUGCUAUUACAAUGAAGAUAAGAACAUUCACAUACCUGUUGGAACAUAUGACAAAGACUCUGAGUUCAGUGUUAUGAAGUUAUAUAAAGCACUUUAUGACGGUCAAGAGAUUGGAUUUGACUUAUGUAAGUCUUCUAGUCCUUGCUUUGCUGAAAAGUUUAACUUUUCUAUUCAGACUAAGACUUCAUUCAUAAGAAAGCUUAAGUUCUGA